AUGGCUGGACUUGCCCCUUACAAAGCCGACUUCCUCCAAGCAGCUCUGGAGGGCGGGGUCCUCAAGUUCGGCAGCUUCGAGCUCAAGUCGAAGCGCGUCUCGCCCUACUUCUUCAACGCCGGUGACUUCUACACGGCCAAGCUCCAAAGCGCCAUCGGGACGGCGUUCGCCAAGGCCAUCAUCGAGGCGCGGCAGCAGACCCCGGGCUUUGACUUCGACGUCGUCUUCGGGCCCGCCUAUAAGGGCAUCCCACUCGCGACCCUGACGAACCUGAAGCUGGGCGAGCUCGACCCGGCCAGCCACGCCGACACCCUGUGCUCCUUCGACCGCAAGGAGGCCAAGGACCACGGCGAGGGCGGCAACAUCGUCGGGGCCCCGCUCAAGGGGAAUAGGGUCCUGAUCAUUGACGAUGUCAUCACCGCCGGGACGGCUAAGAGGGAGGCCAUCCAGAAGAUCCGCCAGGAGGGAGGGACCGUCGCCGGCAUCGUGGUCGCUCUGGACCGGAUGGAGAAGCUGACUUCCCCCGACGGCGAUGACACCAAGGCCAUGCCCAGCGCGAUGGGUGAGCUGCGCAAAGAGCUCGGGGUCCCGGUGUUCGCCAUCAUCACCCUGAACGACAUCAUUGACGGGGUCAAGAGCAAGAGCUUGGCAUCAGCAGAUACCAUUAAGAGCAUAGAGGAGUACCGGAGCAAGUACAAGGCCAGUGACUAG